GGGGAUACCUUCACGCUUGGGCAUUCGCGAGUCUAGGUGUUACAUAGGCACCCUUUAAACUAGUUAGCACUGUCCGACACAGGGUACAUUACCUCAAUGGACAGAGAUCGGAAUGAAAAAAACCACGUGUAUUUGAGGGUGAACAAUAUAACUCCGAGGUAGGCCUUAAAAGAAAAGAAAAACUUCACGCCACUGCAACAAAUUCCUCAUCUACAUCUGAAGGACACUUCCCCCAGCAAAAAAAAUGCAAGAAUCAACUGCCAGUCCCUCAGCCGCCGUGCAAUCAACAGACAAUGACUGCAUCGCCAGUCAACUCAACCCCAUAAAACAAACGACCGCCCAAACCCACACGCUAAUUCGCGGCAGGGCCGGAUGUCCGGUCGUUCUCGUUUAUGAAGUUGGGACCGACUGGCUCACGGUCAGUUGCCUCAUCAAUGACCACUCGUCGGUCUGUAAGGGCGGGUUUCAUGGGCUCAGCCAUUCACCUCCCCGCUGCAACACACAGGACGCACAACACAUGCUGAGCCCUCCGCAGCUCGAGAACGACGAGUAUACCGAGGAUGUACGACCUAUAUCCGUCAGGUGCCGCGGAUGUCAGAAGGCCAUCAGCCUUGACAAGAGCUCCAGGUACUAUCCUAGACUAUGGAUCAAGCACAGGGGUAAAUACCCGGGCAUCCUCAAGAUAGAGGCAAGCUAAUCUCUUCGACGAAUGGAAUGAGUAACUAAACUUUCAUAGACAGAUAAGAAACUAACCAGGAGAAGCAACUGGUCUUGUCUGUCGAAUCCAAAACGGCGUCCGCCAGCUGCUUCCUCAUUUGCAUUUGACGCGAGCGGUGAAGAGUCAGACGAGGACGAGUACGAGGGUGA